AUGGCCGCGAAGUCGGACGGGGGGCGGCUGAAGAUGAAGAAGGGCAGCGAGGUGGCGUUCACGCCACUGCAGAAUUCGGAGCAUUCCGGUUCGGUGCAGGCACUGGCCUCGGGCUUUUCCUCCGCCGCGGAGGGCCCCGGCAGCGCCGAGGAUGACGAGUCACCUGGCGGCGGCUGCUGCAACUCCGGCGGCAGGAGUCGAGGGGACGGCGGUGGAAACGGCGGGUGCCGCUGCUGCUGCUGUGGUAGCGGAGGCAGGGCGACUGGUGGCUCGCGGGGCUCGGCCGGAGGCUCCUCGUCGCUGUGCCUGCGGCUAGGCAGGGAGCAGCGGCGCUACUCGUUGUGGGACGGGCUCUGGAUUCUGGCCGCCGUGGCCGUGUACUUUGCAGACGUGGGCACGGACCUCUGGCUGGCGGUCGACUACUAUCUUCGAGGCCAGCGCUGGUGGUUUGGGCUGACACUUUUCUUCGUGCUGCUCGGUUCCCUCUCGGUGCAGGUCUUCAGCUUCCGCUGGUUCGUCCACGACUUCAGCACCGAGGACAGCGCCUCGGUGGCUCCUGCCUCCUCCUCUUCUGCCGGACACGGCGAAAGCAAGCUGCUGGUGAGCAGCGGCUCGGCCGCGGGGGAUAUGGAUGCCGGGGCCCGGCCGGCCACGCCACAAAGGCAAGCCUCCAAUGCCAGCAAGGGCAACGCAACUAACAGCAGUAACAGCAGCACCACCAAUGCGACCAGCACCAGCAGUGGAGGAGGCGGAGGUGGCGGCUGCAGCGGCAUCCGGACCCCCAAGAGCCGAUCUGCCUCCUGCGCUUUCUGCAUCUGGCUUAUGCAGUCCCUUAUCCACAUCCUGCAGCUUGGGCAAAUUUGGAGGUAUUUCCAUACUAUAUAUUUGGGCAUCCGGAGUAGACAGAGUGGAGAGAAUGACAGGUGGCGUUUUUAUUGGAAAAUGGUCUAUGAGUAUGCAGAUGUGAGUAUGCUGCAUUUGCUUGCUACAUUUCUGGAAAGUGCCCCACAAUUGGUCCUCCAACUCUGCAUUGUUGUACAGACACGCACUCUUCAGGCCCUUCAAGGUCUUACUGCUGCAGCAUCUCUUGUGUCUUUGGCAUGGGCAUUGGCUUCAUAUCAAAAAGCUCUUCGUGAUUCCCGGGAUGACAAGAAACCCAUCAGUUAUAUGGCUGUAAUUAUUCAAUUUUGUUGGCAUUUUUUCACAAUAGCCGCCAGGGUGAUUACUUUUGCUCUCUUUGCCUCUGUUUUUCAACUAUACUUUGGAAUCUUCAUAGUCCUUCACUGGUGUAUCAUGACUUUCUGGAUUGUCCAUUGUGAAACAGAGUUCUGCAUUACUAAGUGGGAAGAGAUUGUGUUUGACAUGGUUGUUGGAAUAAUUUAUAUCUUUAGUUGGUUCAACGUCAAGGAGGGAAGGACACGUUGUAGGCUUUUCAUUUACUAUUUUGUGAUUCUUUUGGAAAACACCGCCUUGAGUGCUCUUUGGUAUCUGAACAAGGUUCCUAUGAUUUCUGAUGCAUUUGCCAUACCGGCGCUGUGUGUGGUGUUCAGCAGCUUUUUAACUGGCAUUGUUUUUAUGCUGAUGUACUAUGCCUUCUUUCACCCCAAUGGACCACGAUUUGGGCAGUCACCAAGCUCUGCUGGUGAGGAUUCUGUAGCUGCCUUCACUCUUCCUGCAGAAGUAGCAUCAAGUACUUUAAGGUCUAUUUCUAAUAACCGGAGUGUCACAAGUGACCGGGAUCAGAAAUUUGCUGAGAGAGAUGGGUGUGUGCCUGUCUUUCAAGUGAGACCAACUGCACCUUCAACUCCUUCAUCCCGACCACCAAGGAUUGAAGAAUCUGUCAUUAAAAUUGAUUUGUUCAGGAAUAGGUAUCCAGCAUGGGAAAGACAUGUAUUGGACAGGAGCCUCAGAAAGGCCAUUUUAGCUUUCGAAUGUUCUCCUGCUCCUCCACGACUACAGUAUAAAGAUGACGCCCUUAUACAGGAGCGAUUGGAAUAUGAAACAACACUAUAA